AGUCGAAUUCCUUUCCUUCCCGAUGUUCAUCCUCAGGCUUCACGUAAGGGAGAGCAAACAAAGAAAAAGAAGACACCUUUAAUGUAGUGGCGACAAUGCUCUGCGUGCGGAACAAAAGCUUCACCGCAUUGGUGGAGGAGAGCGAAAAGACGCGGCUCGGAAGUGAAAAUGACGACGAGGGAGAAGAGGAAGUAGAGGAAUGGAGGAAGAAAUGGCUGCAACAGUAUUCAUCACACCAUCGGAUGCUGCUUGUGGGCGAAGGAGACUUCUCUUUCUCGUCAAGUUUGGCCUCGGCUUUUGGCUCUGCCUCCAAUGUCAUCGCCACUUCCCUUGAUCCUUAUGAUGACUUGAUCAAGAAGUACAAGAAAGCAAAAUCAAAUUUGGGGAAGUUAAAGAAGCUGGGAGCUUCCUUGUUGCAUGGAGUGGAUGCCACCAGAAUGAAACUCCAUGCAGAUUUGAGAGUGCGGAAAUUUGAUCGAAUCAUCUUCAACUUCCCUCACGCGGGGUUCAAGGGAAAGGAAGACAACGUGCAGUUAAUCAACAUGCAUAGGGAACUUAUGCAUGGCUUCUUUCACAAUGCAAGCCAAAUGCUUCGUGCUGCUGGUGAAGUACAUGUAAGACACAAGACCACAGCGCCAUUUUGCCAUUGGAAGCUGGAGGAACUUGCAUCUUGGAAUUCUCUGAAAUUGAUUGAUCAGACAGCUUUUAAAAGCGAGAAUUAUCCAGGAUAUCACAACAAGCGCGGAGAUGGUCAGAGAUGUGAUGAACCCUUUCCUCUCUGGCUUUGCAGUACCUUCAAGUUCAGGUUCUACCCUAGAGCUAGGGAAGUGUUGAGAGAGUUGAUGAUGCCCAACAAUGCAAUUCAUGAAGGAAAUCGGCAAAUUUAUGUGAGUCCAGUUCAGAUGCCUGUAGAGUUUCCACUAAUUUAUGAGAGUUCAGUUCAGGUGGAUGUAAGGUCUGAGCAAAAUUAUAAGAACUUGGUCCGGACACAGGAGCAGUCGCUGCCACUCUCAUUUGUUCCGUUUCCUUCAGUGACCUUGUCCCAGAAUACACAUAAUCAGUUGGGAAUGAAUUCCAGGAACACAUAUGGAGGGAUUAGUGCUUAUCAUGGAAACAUUGUGCAGGAGAUACCACAAAGAACAUGUUAUGAUGAUGUGGGGUUUCAUGCGGUCCCUCUGCCUGUUCUUACACAUAUUCAGUCGGGAAUGAAUUCCGGGAACGUAUAUGGAGGGGUUAGUGCUUAUAACGGAAACAUUGUGCAGGAGAUACCACAAAGAACAUGUUAUGAUGAUGUGGGGUUUCAUGCGGUCCCUCUACCUGGUCUUACACAUAUUCAGUCGGGAAUGAAUUCCGGGAACGGAUAUGGAGGGGUUAGUGCUUAUUACGGAAACAUUGUGCAGGAGAUACCACAAAGAACAUGUUAUGAUGAUGUGGGGUUUCAUGCGGUCCCUCUGCCUGGUCUUACACAUAUUCAGUCGGGAAUGAAUUCCGGGAACGGAUAUGGAGGGGUUAGUGCUUAUCACCGAAACAUUGUGCAGGAGAUACCACAAAGAACAUGUUAUGAUGAUGUGGGGUUUCAUGCGGUCCCUCUGCCUGGUCUUACACAUAUUCAGUCGGGAAUGAAUUCCGGGAACGGAUAUGGAGGGGUUAGUGCUUAUCACAGAAACAUUGUGCAGGAGAUACCACAAAGAACAUGUUAUGAUGAUGUGGGGUUUCGUGCGGUCCCUCUGCCUGGUCUUGCCUCCGAACAACAUUAUGAAUAUGUGGAAAGAAGAACGUCCGUUGGUGACCUGGAUCUUGUCCAUGAGCUCAAACUUCAGGAGAACUUGAGGAGGCUUAUAUAUUAUUUUGGAAAGCUGUGACUGGAUCACACUCCCCUUCUGAAUGCAGGCUCCCCAAAGGAAUCUCAACGCUGGUAAGGGGCAAAAUAUUUUGUAAUCUGUUCUCAUACGGAGGUUACGCAGAUUUAUCUCGCCAUCUCGGCGCUGCUAAGUAGAACCCUUUGAAAUCUGUUUUCGUAUGGGCUUGAAAGUUCUGAAUUUCUCAUGAUGCCUCCAAAUUUGCAUGUUUAAGCUGAGGUCAAGGCCUGGACAGAUUUCUCUGUUUGUGUUUAAAAAUUUAUCAGAGCAAUUUCAAGCCCUGUUCUCCAAA